GGAAAAAUGAGAUAGUGGGGAGAGAGGGAGACCAAGAGAGAAUUGAAGAUCUCUAUUUAACAGAGAGGCAGACUGGCAAAGACCAUAUCCUGCAAAGAGAAUCUGUAGGAUCGGAGGACAAAAAAUUAGGAAAACACGAAGAGAGUUGGCCACCUGGGGAGCAUGAAAUGGUAAAAGAUGCUCUGCACUUGGAAAUACACAGUAAAAGGGAAACGGGGGCCAUGGAGGGACAUGUAAUCCUGGAUAUAUGUGAGGGCAAGGAGACAGUCAUUCUAAAAAAAGUAAAACAAGAUGUUGUAGGGAAGUCAAUAGAUGAAGAGAAGACACAUGGUGAAAUGCAGAAAGAGAUAUGUCUAUGCAAUCUAGAACAAGAGCGACAGAGUAAGAUAAAGGGAGAGAUAAAGGAAUACGAUGAGAAGCUAUUAUACAAUCUAGAACAUGAGGAUAAAAUACAAAUAAAUUUAUUAGAUAAUCUAGAACAAGAGAGACAAUGUGAGGAACAGAUAGAGAAAGAAUUAGAUAAUCUAGAACAAGAGAGACAGUGUGAGGUGCAGGUAGAGAAAGGAUUAGAUAAUCUAGAGAAAGAGAGACAGUGUGAGGUGCGGGUAGAGAAAGGAUUAGAUAAUCUAGAACAUGAUAGACAGUGUGUGGUGCAGGUAGAGAAAGAAUUAGAUAAUCUAGAACAUGAUAGACAGUGUGAGGUGCAGGUAGAGAAAGAAUUAGAUAAUCUAGAGAAAGAGAGACAGUGUGAGGUGCGGGUAGAGAAAGGAUUAGAUAAUCUAGAACAUGAUAGACAGUGUGUGGUGCAGGUAGAGAAAGGAUUAGAUAAUCUAGAGCAAGAGAGACAGUGUGAGGUGCAGGUAGAGAAAGAAUUAGAUAAUCUAGAACAUGAUAGACAGUGUGAGGUGCAGGUAGAGAAAGAAUUAGAUAAUCUAGAACAAGAAAGACAGUGUGAGGUGCGGGUAGAGAAAGGAUUAGAUAAUCUAGAACAUGAUAGACAGUGUGUGGUGCGGGUAGAGAAAGGAUUAGAUAAUCUAGAACAUGAUAGACAGUGUGUGGUGCAGGUAGAGAAAGAAUUAGAUAAUCUAGAGCAAGAGAGACAGUGUGAGGUGCGGGUAGAGAAAGGAUUAGAUAAUCUAGAACAUGAUAGACAGUGUGAGGUGCAAGUUGAGUUAGAAUUAUAUAAUCUAGAACAUGAUAGACAGUGCGAGGUGCAAGUAGAGAAAGGAUUAGAUAAUCUAGAGCAAGAGAGACAGUGUGAGGUGCAGGUAGAGAAAGAAUUAGAUAAUCUAGAGCAAGAGAGACAGUGUGAGGUGCAGGUAGAGAAACAAUUAGAUUGUCUAGAACAAGAAAGACAGUGGGAGGUGCAAGCUGAGUUAGAAUUAUAUAAUCUAGAACAUGAUAGACAGUGCGAGGUGCAAGUAGAGAAAGGAUUAGAUAAUCUAGAACAAGAGAAACUAAUUGACAUGCAGAGAGAUACGGGGAUAGAGACACAAGAGAGGGAUGGUGAAGCGGUCAGGAAAGAGUCGGGAUACAGGAUAAAGGCUGAACUGGAUAAAAUAAAAUCACAAAGAUAUUUCUCAGAAUCCAUGCCAGAAAUGAAGGUCCCAGCUGAAGCUAAAAGAGAGUUCACAACAAAUUUUAAACAUUCAACAGAAAUGAAGUCCAACUCCGAGAGACCAUAUAAUGGAGAUAAGAAGGACUUGAACUGUCACAGGAAACACCUGGAGGAGGACGUAUUGAUAACAAAGGCUCUGGACAAUGAGCCAACGGAACACAAGCCUGACUGUAUGAAGUACUUGUUUCACCUGGAGCCAGAAGGUGGACUGUGGGCAGCAGAGAGUCCAAGAGAUGGAGAACAGCCGAUGAAUAUUCUUUGUGACCAAGAACUGUCAAGCUGUGAUGCUGUGUGGGAUUGGUUUUCAGAAGUUGAAUCUGCCACUAGGAACAUUGUUAGAUUUGAAAAUGAAAACAUUGACUUUCGUGGACCAGAAGAACAGGUAAUAUUACCUACAAACAUUACGGGUUAUGAGGAGUGUGACUCGGAAUUCAGCACUGAAAAUGCCACCAUAACAGACUCCCAGGAUGAUGGGAGAAGGCCUAGCCAUCGAUGUGUAGAUGUUGGACUAUAUAUACAGGGCUGUGAAAUCAUGGGGUCGAGGGAUCUGAAACUCAAGGUGGAGGAUAUGGUCCAAUCGUUGGUUGAGGAGGCAUCUCUGAGACUGUUCUGUUAUAGCCAGGAUCUACACAGCUCAGGAUAACAUGCACUGACAAAGAACAGUGCGUGUUUAUUACACAUACAGGGCUAUUUAUUAAAUGGCUUCAGCAAGUCCACAUAAACUAUUUUGAGUACUUUGGAGCUUCAUCUUAGAUUCAAAUUUAUUACAAUACUUGGCUGCAGAAGUGAAGGCCCUACAUUACUGAUAAGGAAUAGAAUAUAUACUGAUAAAAUGACUCCUGAUAUAAAACAUAAUUCAAAAUGGAAAGAGAGGGUUUUCCAAAGCCUCCUAAUAGCCAGAAGCCGCAUUGGGCCCGAUUUAUUCCCACCUAUACAGGCAGCAGGGAUAGUUCAUGUAAACCUACUCUUCCUCUUAAUAAUAAAUAAUAAUAAUAAUAAUAAUACACCACUUGUGAUUAAUGUCCCAAAAGGGGCACAACUUCCCGGCACUAAUAAUGACAAAGUCUUGACAGUGUCACGUGGUGCCUACCCCUAAUUUCAUUCAUCCAUACUUCACAACGUAUCAAAUGGAGACUAUUACAGGGUAUGUAGACGACUCAAUGACUUCUAAGAACUGAAAAUGUAAUUUGGAACAGAAUUGAUAAACAGAGUUGCUAGAAAAAAAAUGGCUUAUUAGCUCUACGCCAUCUUGCCAUAAGACCUGACUGACUUCUGCUGUAAACCUGUCCUGCAAUGCAGUCAGCAAAUACCAGAAAGAAAAGCUGGUUUGUUUUAGUGAUAGAAUUGUCUGAUUUGGUACAUGGUUAUGUCUGUGCAUGUUAAAUGUUCCUCACUGUGUCUUAAUAAAC